UAACCACAAUACCUGACCAAUACUAACCUAUCAACUCCACCCCUUUCACGCUGAAUCUGCGCAGGAUACGAUAAGAUGGCUCUCUCCGCUCCCAUUGCAGCAUCUCCUCAUUGUUCGCUGCCUCGUCGUCAUCGGCUGGCGCGCAAAACGGCGUCCGGUGCUCCGUCGACCGCCGCGAGCUCUUUGCUCGCAUUGCUCCGGUUUAUGACAAUGUUUUGUCGAAACCCUAAUCUCCAUCAGAUUCCAACAUAUUUGAAUGACUUGCUGAGCUUGGGGCAACAUCGGAUAUGGAAAAGGAUGUGCGUUUCUUGGAGCGGGGCAAAAAAAGGAGAUGUUGUCCUCGAUUUGUGUUGUGGCAGUGGCGAUUUAACUUUCCUUCUGUCCCAAAAAGUUGGAUCCAGUGGAGAGGUCAGUGCCCUGGAUUUCUCAUGGAAACAAUUAUUUGUUGCUUCAACUCGUCGUGACUUAUUAUGGAAAGCUUGCUACAAAAAUAUCAAAUGGAUUGAAGAUGAUGCACUUUGUUUACCAUUUGAAGACAGCUGUUUUGAUGCAAUAACUGUUGGGUUUGGACUGCGAAAUCUGAUUGACAAACAGAGAGCUAUGCAAGAAAUCUUUCGGGUUCUCAAGCCAGGGUCGAAGGUGUCGAUAUUGGAUUUUAACAAGACCUCUUCUUGGAUAAAUCAAUUCCGGGAGUGGGCGCUAGAUAAUGUGGUUGUUCCUGCCGCAAGUAUUUAUGGCCUUUCUGAUGAGUACAAAUACAUAAAGUCAUCAGUUGCAGAAUAUUUGACAGGAAAGGAACUGGAGAAACUUGCUAGAGAAGUGGGAUUUUCUGAUGCUAGGCAUUAUGAAAUCGCUGCAGGGCUUAUGGGGAACUUGGUUGCUACUCGAUAGCUGCUAGAACGCUUUAUCUUACAUUCAUCACAAGAGCUAUAAAAAGGUAUUAUAAUUCAGUUUCCGGUAUCCUUACCAAUAGAGUCUGCUAGGUGAUGAACUGUUUUCUUUUUUUAGUUAUCAUGUAUUGGUUUGAUGUUUUCUUAUGAAUUUAUUGGGAUGGCGUAGUGCACUGUUAGAACAUUUUUUUUUUUUCCGAUGAGACAAUGUUAUGUUAAUAACUCCAACACCAAGUGCUAUAAUUGAAGUAAAAC